AUUUUGACACCGGCUUCGACUUCCCCCAACCUUCACCACUCGAUGCUUUCUCGACCACUGUGCCGAAGCUGGACUCACACGCGGCAGCAUGGCCAGUCCCGUCGACUGACAUGCCGGAUUUGGACGUUCUCCUAUCGAAUGGCAACGACGAUGAUCAACAAGUCAAUAUCGCGGCUUCGCUGGCCGCUACCACGCCGAGUCUACACCACAGCCCCGGGUCCACAACCAACACACGACAAAGCAUAUCUUCAAACUCGCCUGAGCCUCCCAAGAAACGUGGUGGACGGAAGAGGAAAGCAGAGGUCGCGGCGGAGCCAAGUAAUGGUGAUUCGCAGGAUGGAGAUGGACCUCCCGUGAAAAAGACUUCGCACAACGUUAUCGAGAAGCGAUAUCGUAACAACCUCAACGACAAGAUUGUUGAGCUGCGCAACAGUGUGCCCAGCCUCCGUGCCGUUAAACGAGCGAAGAACGGUGGAAACAAGGAAGAACUGGGUGGUCUUACCCCAGCCCACAAAUUGAACAAGGCAACGGUCAUGGCCAAGGCAACAGAGUACAUCAGACACUUGGAGGCUCGCAACAAGGCGAUGUCGGACGAGAUGGCUGCUUUGAAGGCACAACUGUCGCGGGUUGAGGCCGCUAUGGGGUCAAGGGAGUCUCAAGGAAGUACGAUUAGUGAUCCGACAUCUGGAUUAUCCCGAUCAAGAGAAGUCUCGUCGGCGUCCCAGGCGGGAAGUCCUACAUUCCUCAAUGUGCCGCAGGAUCAGACGAGAUUCGGCCAACCAAUGGUGCAGCAACAGUACAUGCAACCGCAUAACCAGCCCACCUAUGCAAGACCGCCAAACCCUCCGGCGGAAGCUCAGAAUCAGCCGCAGCAACCAAAUGUCCGAGGAGGCGGUCUUGUCAACAAGGUCGUGUUGGGCACAAUGGCCAGCGUCUUGGCUAUGGAAGGAUUCAGCGAGCAUCAAUCAGGCGAAAGCCCGUCUGCUCAUCAGCUUUUCGCCGUGCCCACGGCGCUGCUCAAGCGUGCCACAUUCGGCUCGCCAACCUCAUCAGACUUCUCGCAACAGGCCAGUCUGUCUUUGCUCAAAUUGCUGCUCGGAAUCGGCGCCCUAGCCUACAUACUCCUACCCCUCCUCUCCUUCACACCACGUCGGAAGCAGAAGACUUGUGCAUCCGUGCGGCUGCCACAGGCUCCAUCCCUGGCAUCUCCAGUUGAGGUGCGCCGGAAGGCAUGGUUGACCGCCGUCCAGACUGUGUGGGUGCCGAAACAUUUCUUGCACGAGGUCGUGGCAGUUGGCUUUAAGAUGUUCCAAUUGAGUUUGCGACGCAUGAUCGGAUCUGAGGCGUUUACCGCCAUUACCGGUACGACGAAAGAAGAGGAGGCGGCCCGCAUCAAGGCUUGGGAUAUCGCUAUCGAUGCUCAACUGGCUGGCGGCGAUGCACAGGUCAGCUACUACCGCCUCCUCCUCACUCUCAUGGAAAGCGGCACUCUCCCAGACUCUCCCGCUCGGCUCAUGCAGAAGGCUGUGCACUUUCGGGUAUUCUUCUGGGAGGUUGCAAAUGCUGGCUAUGGCAAUAUGAUUGGCUUCAAGCGAUUCACAGAAAAGGUCGGCCGCAUCUACUGGGACUCGGCGAGAAAGCUGCAAAAGGACCUCGUCCAUGCCAAAGCUCACGGAAUUGUCUUUAGUGAUGACGAACUGGAGUUGCUGCCAGACCACCUUGCGCGACUUGGCGAGCUGGACUGCGAUGAGGUCCUGAGCGAUGAGAUGAUUCAGCGAGCUUGGAACCUCGCAUGGAACAAGCAAAGUGCCAACGGCAUCACACCGAACAUGGCCAAAGACAGCGUCGUCGAGGAUCAUGCGAUUCGAUCACCGCUAGACGCAGUCGCCGCCUGGUACACCAACACCGCCAUCGACGAUACUCUUGCCGAUGUUCUCGGUGAGAAUGCGUCGUCCAUGGACACCGAAUACUACCUCGGAUUGGCUCUCAGCGUCGCGCCUCCGGCAUCAAGCACCCACGUUCGAGCUUUGGCCGCGAAAGCAGUGCUAUCGAAAACGAAUCGCGAAGGUAACAUUUUGAUCGCCUUAGAAGCCCUGCCAGUGCUGUCGCCGACAGGUGGCAUGAACCUAGUCAGCCAUGCACCUGCCUCCCCCGAUGUGUGUACCGCAUUGACACUGGCCAAACUGAUCGCGCUCUGCUCCCCAUCCUUGCCGAAGUCUGCUCGGAUGCGCGCCUUCAACGCGUUGACUGGUCUCCAACUGGCGCCGGCACAGUUCACCCUGCUGACUGCCGUUGCUGCGUAUCGCUUGUUGAAGAGCAUGCUGGCUCGGAAAGACCUGCCAAAGGCCACGGAGCAUGGCAUGGAAGAUCUCGCGGGAAGCCUUCGAAUCUGGGUGGGUACGUCCACAGGUAGAGACAGUGGUCUCGGUACCGAUGGCAGGAGGAGAGUUGUCCGUCUAUGUCUCGAUGUCGCCAAACAGCUUGGUGGCUGGGAGGAGAGGGAUAGUGGUUACGGAACGACAUCUGCGGCAAGUCAGAGCCCGGUAAUGACAUGAAGGUCGUGCACCGUAGAGUAGAUGUAGAUUAUGAAGUAGGCUACAAGCUGAACUCUUAUCUUGUUUUCGU